AUGGAGGAAGUUCCGUCAACAUCGAGAGAAAUUUCCAGAUCGAAAUAUAUGGAGAGAGCGGAGGAGAAAAAUGAGAGAAGAGAGAGAAAAGAAGAGAAAAAAGAAGAAAGAUUAACAGAGAGAAAAGAAGAAAGAUUAAAAGAGAAAAAAGAAGAGAAAUCAUCAACUAAAGACGAAAAUGAAAAAGAGAAGAAGAAAUUAUUUUCAAAACGUGAAGAACGAGAAACGUUUGUUUGUUGUUUUUGUAAAUUAAGUGAAAAAUUCGAUUAUAAAGGGAGGCAACCACCAUUUCAGAGGCAUCUUAUUUAUCAAGAGGAUUGUUAUAUUAUGAGAGAUCCAUUUUCGCCUUUAAAUCAAAAAGAGGCAUUAAUUUUAGGUGGUGAUUGUUGUUUGUGUAAAAAAUCCACUUGCAUGGAUUGCAGUAUAUUUUAUACAAAACGUUUCUGUAAAAUUUGCGCACUCAAUAAUAUUCAUGAUUUACCAUUACAAUUGCACAAGAAAAUUAAACAAUUUUCUCUUAAUAAUGAAAAAGAUGAAAAUACUUCCAUAUAGCGAAUUAAUUUUUGUAUUUAUUAAUAAAAAAAAAAUGUAAAUAAAAAAUAUUUAUAAAACAAAAAAAAAACUGGUUUUCUUUUUUUAUGUGUUCCAAAAAAUAAAGUAUCCACAGUUGUUAAUGCCUUCAAUUCCUUUCAUAACAGAUUACAGUUCACUCAUGAAUCAGAAUGUAAUAAUGAAAUAAAUUUUCUCAAUACGAUUAUACGAUCAGAAAACAAUAACAUCAUGACUGAUUGCUACAGAAAAGAUACUUAUUCAGAAAGACUACUAAACUAUUACUCAAAUCAUCCAAU